GAGGGCGGGUCCUAAAGCAGGAGCCGCUGGGCUGCCGAGCGACGCCUCAUUGUGUCGUUUGUAGCCGGACAGGACGCGUCGUGUCCUCCUGUCUGUCUCUCUCUGUCUCCCUGUCUGUGUGUCUGUGCGGUGGAUUUAUACCUGGGUCGGCUCGGUGCUGGUGCUGCUGCUGGACGAGGAUUUCCCUGCCGGUUUCUGUUGGAAAUAACCCGAGCUGUUGUGGAUUAAUGUGAGCGCGUGUGUUCGGGCUGAGGCGGAGGAGACGUGGACGCAGAAAGAUUCAUGGACGCUCGACGUCAUCACGACAGGAACUGCUGGACGUCUUCUUCACUUCCUGGAUUUAUUCCUCAGUGAUUGGCUCCUCUGCUGCCAAGCUGCUUGUGAUUGGACGGUCCUGAAUUCAAGGAUGUCUGAGGGGGUCCACCCCCACCUCCUCACUUCCUGUUUACUUCCUGGAACGCAGUGAGCACUUCCUGUACCUUCAGGACCUCACCUGUCCGUCACAGCUGAUUUUUAGACUCUGAUGCCCACCAUGACCUGCUGACGUCAACACGCCACCCCCUCCUCCCCCCUUCUCCUCCCCCCUCUCUCCUUCAAAAUGGCUCCGACCCAUUGGUUGUCACCGUGGCGGCCGCUGCUGCUGCUGCUGCUGCUGCUGUUCAUCCACACUUCCUGUCUCCUGUCUGCCUCGACCACAUCCUUCCCCAAAGACCUGGAGCCAAUCAACGUGGUCGGCUCAGAGCAGUCGUAUCAGUUUCCCAGUUUUCAAGGUUUGCUUCAGGACAACGACACCCUGCGCCUGGGCCUGGACUUCCAGAGGCUGCUGCGCAUCAACCACAUGUUGUACAUCGCUGCCAGGGACCACGUGUUCGCAGUGAACCUGACGACGGCUUCGGAGGAUUUCGUACCUCAGCUGAAGCUCACUUGGAGAUCCAAAGAUGUCAGCAAGUGCACCGUCAGGGGGAAGAACAGCGACGAGUGCUACAACUACGUCAAAGUGUUGGUGCCUCGAAACGACGAGACGCUUUUCGCUUGCGGUACGAACGCCUUCAACCCCACCUGCCGAAACUACAAGAUGAGCUCCUUGGAGCAGGUCGGGGAGGAAGUGGUCGGUCAGGCUCGUUGUCCCUUCGAGUCCGGUCAGUCCAACGUCGGACUGUUUGCUGGGGGUGAUUUUUACUCGGCCACCAUGACGGACUUCCUGGCCAGUGACGCCGUCAUCUACAGGAGCCUGGGAGACGGCCGACCCGUCCUCAGGACAGUCAAGUAUGACUCCAAGUGGCUCAGAGAGCCUCACUUCCUGCACGCCAUCGACUACGGCAACUUUGUCUACUUCUUCCUCAGUGAGAUCGCAGUGGAGUACACGGCCCUGGGCAAGGUGGUGUUUUCUCGAGUCGCUCGUGUUUGUAAGAACGAUAACGGAGGCUCUCCCAGAGUUCUGGAGAGAUACUGGACUUCCUUCCUGAAGGCUCGUCUGAACUGUUCGGUUCCUGGAGACUCGUUUUUCUACUUUGACGUUCUUCAGUCCCUCACCAACGUGCUGCAGAUCAACCAGAGGCCUGCGGUGGUCGGGGUCUUCACCACUCAGGCCAACAGUAUCCCCGGCUCAGCGGUGUGCGCUUUCUACAUGGACGACAUAGAGAAAGUCUUCAACGGGAAGUUCAAGGAGCAGCGGACCAGUGACUUGUCCUGGACUCCGGUACCUGACGAGCAGGUUCCCAGACCAAGGCCUGGUACGUGUGCGGGUGAUGGUCCCGCUGCAGACUACAAGUCUUCAGUUCAGUUCCCAGACGAGACCCUGACUUUUAUCAAAUCGUACCCUCUGAUGGACGAAGCCGUUCCCUCCGUCAACGACCGGCCCUGUUUCACCAGGACCUCCAGCAGGUCCAAGCUGACUCAGAUUGUGGUGGACGUCUCCGCCGGCCCCUCCAAGGACCGGACUGUGAUGUUCCUGGGCUCGGACGACGGCCGAGUCCUGAAGGUUUUGGCCAGCACUCAUCCCAACGACAGCUUCGGAUCCAAACUGCUGGAGGAUAUCGAUGUCUACAACCCGUCCAAGUGUAACGUUCAGGGUCAGGAGGACAGGAGAGUUCUGGGACUGGAGCUGGAUAAAGACCAUCAUGCCUUGUUCGUGGCCUUCAGCAGCUGUGUCAUCAGAGUGCCGCUGAGCCGCUGCAGCCGACACGGAGCCUGUAGAAAAGCCUGCCUGGCCUCUCGUGACCCAUACUGCAUCUGGCUGCGGACCGGGAGUUGCGCCAACAUGGCGCCAGGUUUCAAGGCGGGCUUUGAACAGGAUAUCGAGGGCGACCACUCGGACGGCUGCCACGCUGACGUGUUGGCGACCACACGGAAUCACGAGUCUGCAGCCGACUCCGCCUACGGUGUGCGUCGUCUUCCGGAGAUGGACCAGCGUGCCGGCGCUAACGUCCACUACACCCUGCUGAUCGCCUGCGUGCUGGUGGCCUUCUUCCUGGGCGCCAUCUUGUCAGGCUUCCUGGUGUCGUGUUACUGCAGUCGCAGCGCCGCUCAGCGGGCGAAGCGGCUGGGGAAGGACCCCGAGGCGUCGCUGCCGCACGCCUUAUCGCUGCGAUCCCUCGCCAAGCUCAACGGGCUGCUGGACGGACAGCCCAAGGAGGACAAACUGGAUGUGUCCACACCGAAGAUGUACAGCUCCUUCAUCCCCAGCGGUCGCUCAGAGCCUCACCUCCACACCCCCGGCCAUCAGGGCCUGCCGCUGGGAGACCCCGACCUCAGCCUCUCGCAGGCCGAUGGAGAGCUGUCCGGCCUGCCCACGCCUGACUCCACCCCGGAGCUUCCCAUCAAGAACAUGAAGGCCCUGCGGCACCAUCAGUACGAGAAGAACCAGAACUGCAACAACGCCAAGGACAACAACCCCCAGUCUGGGCCCAGCUGCUCCGGAUCCAGUCUGGGUUUCAUGGCGGUUGUUGGGAACUCCAUGUCCCAGCAGGUGUUUCCUUUCUCCCAUCACCACAGCAACAGUUUCAGCAACGGAACAGCACGUGGAGCAGGUGCAUCGUCAACUUCACUGCACCUUCCUGAGGAGAGGAAGAUCUCAAAUGAUGAGCGAGUGGCAGCAGCAGCAGCUGGAGGGGGCGGAGGAGUCCCCCAUCACCACCACUCCCAGCAGUCCCUCCCUCAAACGGUGGUGGACGUGUCAGCGCUGGACGAGCUGCUCAAACACAUCCACGAGGUCAGUGCGUCGGGGACCGGAGGAAUCAAGGUCCUCACCUCCACCUCCUCGUCCUCCCUGUUCUCCGGGCCCUCGUCGUCCUCUGGAGGACAUAAUCAUCACCACCACCACCAUCAUAGUCACCACGGCCAGACCCGCACACACCACUAUAACCACAGCCAUCACCAUAGCAACCACCACAACAAUAACAGCAGCGGCGGUCACCACCACCAGCAGAUCCCCGAGACAGAAUCAGCUCCGUAUUACAGUACCUCCACUCUGCCGAGGGACGGCCUCCCCAAGCGCCUGGACACACCUAAUCAAAACUCCACCGCAUCCUCCGCCACUUCCUCUUCUUCUUCCUCCUCCUCAUCAUCUAACAACCCCACCUCCUCCACCUCCAUUCCUUCGUCGUCGUCCUCCUCCUCCUCUACCCCGCUCCAGCAGCAGGUGAUUCCAGAGCGACCUGGAGGAAGCGGCGUCUCCGUGUCACGCCACCACUCCCAGCGGCACUCCCUGAUCAAGAUGGGCAGCGGUGGCGGCGCUGUGCCGCGUCACCACAGCUUCAACCAACGGGGGGCGCAGCACGCACACUUUCUAGCCAGGAUGAAUACCAACAGCAGCAGCAACGGCCCCCCAGCCGCAAGUGCGGCAGCUAACAUCAACACCAACAGCGAAAGCCGGCGGCCGUCGGUCGCCAGUUCUUGUCUGACACGGCAGCACAGUUACAGCGAAGGGCCACAUGUGCAACGGGCGGCGGUCGUCCGGAGAACGGUGUCACUGAAACCGCAAGUCCCGCCAAAACCGCUGUUCCUCCCGAACACAGCGACUUCACCAGCAGCAGAGGCGGGAAAAUACAACUACUGAGACUGAAGGAGGAAGUGGCGCCUUUCUAACACGGCUGCUACAGUCCUCAGCAAGUAGAGCACUCCGAAAAGCCCGCAGGGUUUGUGAGAAAUGACAAAAUGAGAGCAGUGACAGGACGACUAGAUACAAAAGAGACUUCAGAGCUUCUUGUCUGUCUCCAUCACUCCUCAUUACGAGCCUUCACUUGUGGUUAUUUUCCUGCAGCUGAGAGGACGGCGUCCGUCGCCGCUCUUAGUCACGACUGCAGCCUUGUAGACUGUUGCUUCACUCAGAGCCCUGAAAGGAGCCACAGAGACAGACACUCCGAGGAACGACAAAUAAACAAGAUCUCUGACUCAUCUCUUCGGGCAGGCGGGGCCGCUCGUGGCGACUUUCCCCUCACGACAGACCGAGGAUCAAAACCGGCUCAGACGAGCCUGAGAAACAUUCCAAAAGCAGGGCGAACGAUGUUAAUGAUUCAAAAGGAAUCCCCAAGGCUCGGGGUGGCCUGAAAAGUUCUUGAUUAAAGCAGUUUUUUGUACAAGUGCUUUGAUCUAAUGUCCCCGGUUGUUGCACCUUGGGACAGGGCCCGGAUUGCAUUUGCAAAGCUUAAAAAAACACA